AUGGGGAGAAAGUUCAAUACGCGUUGCUAUUUGGAUGUUGCAAUUGGGGAUGGGGAUCCUGAGCGCAUUGUGCUCGAAUUAUUUGAUGAAAAAUGUCCUAAAGCAUGUGAUAAUUUCAAAAAGUUAUGCGAAGGUGUCUGUGGUAUUGGCAUGAAAACUGGAAAACCCUUGCACUAUAAGGGAUCCAUGUUUCACAGAAUCAUCAAAGGUUUCAUUAUUCAAGGAGGUGAUUUUAGCAAUGGCGAUGGAACUGGUGGUGAAUCUAUUUAUGGUGGCACUUUUGCUGACGAAGAUAUGUCGUUGGCUCAUGACAGACCUUUCCUACUUUCAAUGGCUAAUCGUGGUCCGAAUACAAACGGCUCACAUACCACUGCUCCUGCUCCUCAUCUAAAUGGCAAACAUAUGAUUUUUGGCCAUGUUCUUUCCGGUCAAGAGGUUGUAGCUAAGAUCGAGUCAGUUCCAGUUUCCGAUACUCGUGUUUACAAACCACUGAAGCCAACUGUCAUUGUUAAUUGCGGCGAAUUAAUUCCAGUAAAGAAGAAAAUAUCAAAGCAUUCCAAGAAGUCAAUCAAAAAGAAGAAGGAAAAGAAGAAGAAACAUAAGAAGAAGAAAAAGUCAAAGAAGCAUCGUCAUAGUUCUUCUGGCAGCGAAUCUGACUCAGAUUCGAAUUCAGUAAAAGUAAGACCUGAAGAAAUUCCAGAUGUCCCACAGAAUAAAUUCCUUUACCGCCCUGGUCCUUCGGAUCCAACUCAAAUAGAAUUUGGUACUAACCAAAAUAAUGCAGUUGUUAGUAAGUCGGGGAGAAAGGUUAAAGGUAGAGGGCAAGUGCGGUAUCGGUCUCCAAAUGUGUACACUGGGGGUUCAGGCCGGGCUUAUACGCCUGAGCACUGGCACCAAGCAUCCCGGAAUGAAAAUUACCACCGAGCAAGUAGAGAUGAUUACCGCACACAUGCUAAUCGAUUUGCAGACGCUAUGGGCAUCGACCGAAAUGAGGAACGUAUUUCCAAGGCUGUAUUGCGAUCACCCGUGAAUGGGCAUGACAGAUCCUCACGGCAUAACCGGACGAGGCAUUACGAUGAUACAAGAGAAGUGCCAAAAAAUCAUAGACACCGGGAAUCACGGAAUAACGAUAGAAGCGAUCGAAGGAUAUAUCGACAUGCUGAUGAUCGCAGGAUGAGUGAUCAAGAUCUUUCCCCUUCUCCUUACAAACGCUUCCCAAUCGAUUAUUCAUCCCAAGGUGAAGAUGAAAAGAGGCCAUAUCCCCGUCAAUCUCCGAGCUUUACCUCACGAGAUUACAAAAACGAUCAUUCAAAACAUAGAGAAGAAAGUCCCAGCGAUUCUUCACUUAGAAAAUCGACUUCACCGCCAGCUCGUUGGAAAUCCGGUAGGAAACGCUCAUUAUCAGGAUCUGAAAAAUCUCCGCUUAAACCAGCUAAAAGAUGCAAGGAUUAUUAUCCAGAUUCUAAAGCAACUCCGGAGACGAAACGUGAGGUGAGUGGGGAUAGAUCUUCAAGCGACGAGAAACAACACGUUGCUUCACGAAGUCCACCUGCUUACCUUGUAAGCAAAUGGGAAGAACGCCACAGAGAGAAUCAACGGAAACGGGAGUCUAUGAAAAGAAUAGAGUUGGGUAGACAGAAUAGUGAUGUUGAUGAUAUCGCCAUUCCAUCUUCCCCAGCUCCGAAGUCCAGUACAUCUCAUUGCACUUCUUUUAUGUCUCCAUCAUCACCACGUACUCAGCGUUCACCAUCGAAACGUACUGCCUCACCAAAACCACCGCUGGUUAAUUCUUCGAUGAGUUCGGAGAAGCUGAGUUCGAUAGCAAGAUCCCCUCUCUUGAAAGCCCCUCCUUCUCCCAUUACUGUCUCUCCGGAAAGGCCGAAUGCUGUUCCCGAAGAGGUUGUUAUACCGAGGAAACCUCGAUCUCCUCUUUUGAGCCCACCUUCACAUAUCAAGUCUCCUGUUGUAGCUAAUUCCAAGUCUGGAGGUCCAUAUCCCCCUGAAGCCAAACCUUCAUCAAACAAGAGUCCAUCUAAAAGGGACUGGUCAAGCAGUUCUAAGGAGAAUAAGAAAGAAGUCCUGGGAGAUGUAACUCCUGGCGAUCAAGAAGAGACCGGUCCAUGGACAACCAGUCGUUGGCAGACGGACGAGGCAGAGAAUAAUGCCCAAGCACCCUCUACGAAGAAAAGUCCUGUGAAAUUGGCCCUCGGGGGCAGUAGUAACGCGGAAAACAUUCAUCAACCUAUUGAUAUGGAUAUGAGUGACGUUGAAUCGGAUGCAAAAAAAUCAGAACCCCCGGCUGAGAAGAAAUUAUCGACCUCACCUACUAGGGUAAAUCCAUCAAGCGAACUAUUUAAAGCUCUAUCUUAA